UUCAAACAACGUCCUGACAAAAUGGCCGCUGCGAUGGAUGUAGACGAAGAAGUUCAGGGUGGUGUUUCUGGAGAUAGGACUGGAAAGAAGAGAUUUGAAGUUAAAAAGUGGAAUGCCGUUGCCUUAUGGGCCUGGGACAUUGUUGUGGAUAAUUGUGCGAUUUGUAGGAACCACAUCAUGGACCUAUGUAUUGAAUGCCAGGCCAACCAAGCCUCUGCCACUAGUGAAGAAUGCACUGUAGCCUGGGGUGUAUGCAAUCAUGCAUUCCACUUCCACUGCAUAUCACGCUGGUUGAAGACCCGACAGGUCUGUCCACUGGAUAACAGGGAAUGGGAAUUCCAGAAGUAUGGUCACUAGAGAAAUGGAUGGGAUAUAUGGACUUUCGUGGAGUUAACAGUUCUAAGCUACACAAUACAACAGUAGUGGUGCAGACAUUUUAUUGUUCAAUCUCGUGUUAAAGAGUUCUUUCAUACAGUUUGCAUUCACAUGCUUUUAUUUUGCUGUUUGAAACAAGAUGCUUAGAAUUGGACUUACUAGAUUUUCAGUCAAAAUCGUUGAUAUUCAAAUUAUAACUAAAAACUGUGCACAUGUUAGAUUGUGCCUGAACUGCACACUCAAUAGACACUAAGGUGAACAAUGAUACUUAAAUGUGAAAUGGUUUCACUUUAUCUAGCUUGUGAUGCAUCACUUUAAUUGUGAUACGUCUAUGUUUUCAUUUUCAUUGUUGUGUAAAGAAUAAAAUUUUAAAUCGU